GGUUGUCCAUUCAAUAUUGUGCCUCAAGAUCAAUUUAUGUCCCUCACUGCCGAACAGAGGUGUGCGCUUCAGUGUAAAAUCUUAAGACUUGCACUCCGCGUUUAUUUAAAUAAGCUUACCGAUGACGAAGUACACCAUGAACUGCAAAGUUGUUUAGGAGCAGAAGUUCAACAUGUGGCUGACCUAUUAGAUUCAAAUUCUGACGUGGACAAACUAGCAAUAAUUGUUCGACAGAUGACAGUUCUACUUCAUCAUCAGACACAUUUAAAUAGCCAAUUGGCUGAAUUAACUGUGAGAGCUCAAAAUCCAACUGCAUGUCAUGACAUGUGUGAAUUGAUAUUACAGAGGGUUCGAGGUCUCGAACAGCUCGUUGAACAGAAUGCCAAUGAAUUAGCUCUAAUGAAAGCCCAACUACUGAAUAAGAAAACUUUGUGAUUACUAUUGGUUAUUAUUGAUUUGUAAUGCUUAGUGCUUAUCUAUACAAUUAUUCAUUAAAGUAGUCAUUGAACAAUAAAAUCAUUUAUAAUUGACGUUAAGUCAAAUGAAAUUACUUAUUAUUCAAUAUUAUGGUAUUCUUGACUUUUCUAGUUUCCCAUUGUACCUUUAUGAUUUAAAAACAUUAAUCUCCUGAUUCCUUAAAAAUUUAUAUUUUAAUUUUUUUUUUAUUUUACAUAUCAUGUACCUAUGUACAAGUACCUACAGCUGCUGUAUGAGGUACCUAUGUAAUAAUUUAUAAUAUAUUUAUAUAACUAUCUAUAUUCAUGCAAAUUUCAA